AUGUUGAAGCCGCGGAAUGUGAUCCAGCCGGCCAAACCGCCUCAGCACACGAAUCAGCAGCUGAUUCCGGUGAGUUUUCUUUUAAUCUCGUUCCCAUUUUAUUCUAAUUUCACUCCUUCGUAAGCAAAUUAAUCCGAGCCCUCUAAUGAGUCGAAGGGGCGCGCUUUCCCCCCUAAUUUGGGGUUAUUCAGAAAUGGACUUGCGCAGGAUAAUCUGGUUAAGUUCUGGGCCGGAUCGAACAAUGCCCUCAGGCAAAACGGAACAGAAAAAGGUUGGAGGAAAAAGCGGGGAAGUUGGGCGAUUUUUGGGGAGGAAGGUUGGAACUCUCAUAAAGAGAAGUGAUUUUUACUGCGCUACAGUAAGACUUGAGGGCGCAAAAAGUCAAAAUGUUUUUUAAUUGUUUUUUCUUUAAUUCAAAACAGAAAUUUCCCGGUUUUACUUUUGAAAUAUGUCAUCAUGACCAAUUUUUUGAAAUUGGACCAAAAAUUUGGGUAAAUGCUACAGUAAGAAUUUUACUGCAAUUUUAGGGAUUUUUGGAAUAUAAAUCAUUUUUAAAAUCACCUUUUUUUCAACUCUGGAUAAAAAAUUUUCGUAUUGGCGUCCAAAAUUUGUCACUACGAUAGAUUUUUUGGCAUUCUUCUAAACGUUUCUUCGGUGUCCCAAACAUUUUUUUCGUUUGUAAAGUGUCAAAAAUGGCUUGAAUUAGCCGCUUUGAUUGUCGGACAACUAGCCUGCGGGCAAUCAGAGCAGAUCUCUGGGGAUAAAGGUCAGCUGUUUCGUUUCUUUUCGGCCGUUUUUUGGGCCGCGAUGACCACCAUGAAGAGCCGCGGAUUCCGUGCUCGGAAAUGGGGUUUCGGCUUUGUUUUUAAAGCCUGUAAUGAGUAAUUCUUGGUGUCUCAAUUCCUCCCAGAAAUUGGACUCCGGAAUCUUUUCGGAGUUUAUUUAAAUCGCAGCUGUCACCAGGGGCGCUUAGCAUCCGGGAAAACGCCCAUCGGUCAUUCUGCGAGUUACUCUCCGCUCUUCUGUAAUCCGAUAUUAACAAAUGUUUGAGCUUGUUUUUUUGUAAUGUUCGCGGAUCCAUGACUUUUUUUGAUUUUUCCAAAUGGACAGCUGUCUAAGACAAGUCCAUUUCAUUGUUAACUGAUAUUACAACAAGCUGUUUGACCAAAUUGUGCUUUGUUUGGGCCAUCAGACUUAGUUUAAAUACCAAAAAAAUUUUUUUUUUACACUAGAUCAUGUAUAAUAUAAUUUGAUUGCGUAAUCCAACUUAGAGGUUAUCGAGUGGACAAUUAGCCGAGAAUGUUUAAUUAGCCGCGAACACUUGCUAAAUACACACAGCUGGGCCGUUUUAUAAUCAAGAACAUCUUGACGUUCCGAAAACAUUUGCGACUUUUAUGAGUUUCGGAGGUCAAAAUUUUUUGCAAAUCAUGUCGCUGGGAAUUUUUAGGAGGUCCCACGUCAGUUCACGGACCGCAAUUUUUAUAGUCGUUUUUGGAUUUUUUUCGAAAAAAUUGGGAAGUUUAGAAUUUUUGACAUAACUUUUUGAUGAUUAUAAUUUACCCCACAAGUCUACAGAGUAAUAAAUAAAAGCUUUGGUAAACCUCCGCACAAAUUGAGGCAAGAUUUUUAUUCCGCGUUUUGCAGAAAAUUUCACGAAUUUUUUUGUGUGUUUCAAUUUGAAAAAUUUAGAACCAGUAUGUAUUCAACAAAAUUUAUACAAAACAUUAAACAAGACAGUAUAUUUUUCCGGGCGAAAUCCAUAGAGUUACGACAGCAGAGUGUUUUUUCUCUGACCGUCUAUUGCUUCUCCUCAUUUUCCAAAGUCCCUCCGGAAAAAUGUUUAUUGAAUAUUUCAGCUGUCCUUGUAUAGCGUGAUUUUUUCAGAGAUCAUUACUAGGCCCAUAAAUACAAACUAUGAAAAUUUUAGCGAAUAUUGGGGUUCAAAAUGUUCAAAACUUUGAUAUUUUUUAUUUCUGCAUCAAUAUUUUGCAAAGCUUUUGUUUUGUUUUACAUUUUUACAUCCUUCAUCCGACCAUUCCAUCAUAAUCCAUUCUCUUUGAAUCCCCACCUCAUUCUCCAUCAAAUUCCCCAUCCAAUCAGCCUGUUUUUUCAGAUCUACACCGACUGGGCCAACCGUUAUUUGCAAAAGUUCGGCCGCGCCUUGAUCCACGACCUGACCGAAGACCUGCGCGAUCCCAAAACACUGGUCAAUCUGGUGGAUGCAGUGAGUAAGUGGCCGACGAAACGCGAUCCCCUGCGGCAUAGUCAGUUGUCGGAUUUGAGGGGCCGAAAAAAAACAGGCCCGCGGAUUACUAAACGCUAUACUAAAGGCCGUUCCGAAUAUCUCCUCAGGGCACAGCGGAAGUUUGAGCAAAAAUAAGGUGGUUUAGCGGGUCUGAUGAGGCGCUUGAGGCUUGAUAUAAAGUUUGAUGGACCUUCAUGGGGUGAUUAAAGACGAUUUCAUAGGAUUUUUGGGAUAUUGAGGUAUGACUUUAGAUAAAAUUUUGAUGAAUUCGCUAAAUUUUGAUCCAAAAUGAGUUCGAGAUGGGUCUAGAACGUUUUGUUAUAGCGUUUAGAGUGAAUUGACUUGCGUUUUGAUAUCCAAUUACCUCACUUUACAACUUUACGAACUCAUUUUUACGACAGGGACAACUGUUCCCCCAAAUCUUCUAAAAUUACUUUUAAAAAUUUUCGGAACAACAAAGACUAGUAAAAAUAUUUUCGAAAAUUGUUUUGGCCCAUGCCUUCUCGACCUGCAGCUUUUCCGGAUUAAAGUCCGAUUCUUUUUAUAUUAUCCUUCUCUUAUCAUCCCACCACUGUCCCAUAAAACGGGCCUCUUUAAUAUUUGGAUAUUCCGGGAGUCCGUUAAGAUGCAUUUUAUUCGAUUGGGGGUUAUGGGGGAUCGGAAGGAGACCACCGCGAUCUCCGGCACAGGAAGUUAUCGUUCCUCGCGCCCUUUUUUCCUCAUCCGUCAUCCAAUGUUUAAAACAAUUUCGAUUUCAGCGUUUGGGUGUCCGGCCACUUCCCAGUCCACUCUAUUGUGCUCGCUGAACGCAACAACACCAGUAAGUUGAGUUACGUAAUAUGUGAAGAGGUUCAAAUUUUUGAGGUUACGGUAGCUGUGAAAUAAAAAAACUCGCCUGGAUUUGAAAAAAAACUUGUAAAAUUUUGACUAAAGGUUUCUAAUUGUAAGACGUGUCCUAUAUUUAAAAAUUGUUGAAUAAUAUAAAAUCGAUUUUUCAUCUCCGAAAAUUCGCGAGCUAUCCAACUGCAACAUAAAAAUAGUCGAUUCUUCCCCUUUCUUUAUCGCCUUUGCCUCAAACUUUUUCUUACUUAAAAAAUUAGCUAAAUUUUGUGUAAUUAGUAGCAACUUUAGGCCCGCACAAAACCAGUAAUCCCAUUUUCCGCCCAACUUUUCGCUGUAUUAAUACUAUUAGCUCAUCUUUUUGGGGAUAAUUUCAUCACAUUUCAAUUCCAAACCCUCGAAACCCCUUAAGGCAAGAGCGGAAGAAAGGGCUUGAUUAGGUUGGGGAGGCGAGAGAACGGAGAUGAGCGCCUUUCGCCCUUAAAAUGCCUCAGGGCCGGGACCUGCUUGUUUCAAUUACGUGCGCGGUUUUGGCGCCUAAGGGCAUUUUUUGGAAAUUUGCAUAUUCUAAUUUAUUCUGAAGACGCGAAAAGCGAACUUUUUUGGGUUUUUUUCUAUAUUUUUGUCCUUUUUUAUUAUCAUGUACAAUAUAAUUUAAUGUCCCGUUUAUGGUCUGUAAACAUGCAUUUUAGGUGGAUUGCAUCGGAAAGUGUCUUCAUUAUCUGGCUGGAUUGGGUGUCAACGUCGCUAAUCUUAAAGCUGAAGGUCAGUGGGUUACUGUAAUUAUUUAUGGAUUACUGUAAAUUUUUAAAUAGGUCUGGUUGCGUGUUAUGAGCCAAGUUAUGAGUCCUAUUUGGAUAUUGAUGGCUCACGCAGAAAUUAGAGAUGCAUAGCGCGGCUAACAAGCUACUUUUUACGGAUUUUAAAGUGUAAAAUUUCGAUUUUUUUAUUUUUGAUCAUGAAUAACAGCGAGAUCCCAAAAAUAGAUGAAUUCAGAACGUCUUGGACUCCCCUUUCUCCCACUAAUAUUUAUGCCCUGAGGGCACGAAAAACAUUCAAGAAGAGUGGGGGGUUUAAAUAAUUUAUAAACCAUUUUUUCAUUCCUCGGGAUGAUUACUUUAAAUGGAGCGCUCUGUCUGUAAGCCCAUUCAGCGCUGACUCCUCAAAAGGAACGACUUUCGCUGGGAUCCGGACCUGACCCCGGAGGCGUUAAUCCGAUCAGCGAAUUCAAAGCCUUGCUUUCCCCCUUCUGAAGGAAUUUCUGAUUCAUUCUCAGCUGCUUUUCCAUAAUUCAGUCCUGUUUAUCAUACGAUUUCUCAGCAAUCCUCGAGGUGUUUUUUUUAACUUAAAGAUUUUUGACAGUUACUGUAACAUUUUUUGAUCAAAAAAAUUGAGGGUUUAGAAGAUGCCAUGAUGACCGAUUUUUUUGAAAUUUCGAACAGAGAUAAAAGAUUAUUUCAGUCGACCCCAAAUUCCCCAAAUUUUAUAUUAUUUUACAUUACCCAUGCCGACUAUUCCCUCCGAACGCCCAUUCCCUCCAAAUUCGCGCCUCUUGAGUUGUUGAAUAUACAUUUUCUGAUACCCGAAUGCCACCGAGUUGACGAGCUGUCCAUCAAAUUGGCACUGCGGCUUUUCGUGGGGCCACUUUGAUCAUGGCCAUGUGUUUAUAAAACACUCGGAAUCGAAUAUAAUCACCAAAAACAACGUUAUUAGUCGGCUCUUGCUUUUGCAGCUUCAGGGGAAGUGGGACAUUUCAAAGCUUCGGAGGGGUUGAUAAAUGUUCGUUUGGCUAAUGAGUCAUUUCGCAGUUGGUUUAGGGCUUUUUCAUAUUAUACUUGACAGGGCUGAUUUAAACGGUACUUCUUGUGUUCAGAAUCAUUAGAUAUUUGGUUCAUUUCGUUAGUAAAACUAGUUAGAUUAAUUUUGAUUACAAUUCGACCCUAAAAUUUGGGAUUUUUAGGAAAUUCCAGAAAAUACGUCAUGAUGACAUCUUUAAUCCGUCAAAUAGUAGGAAAAUUGCUAUACGGAUCAUAAGUUUAUGCUGUUGAGUUACAAAAAAUAUUUUCUGUUGUAUAAAAUACGACUAUUCCAAGUCGAAAUCAAUCGCGAUGACAUAUUUUUUGAAGUUUUAGAAUCUCAAAAAACUUCAAUAUUUCGGAAUAAAAUUAGAUGAAUCACAAUGACCUAUGCCCUUCACAAUAUAAUAAUCCCAGCGCUGAUCAAAAUGUUAAAUUAUACACCGCUGAAAUCAUUUCUUUCUCUGGGGCCUUCUGAGUGUCUGGACACUGGGCAUUACCCACAAAACAAAGUGACUCAGCGCCUAUUUUCUGUUUCCAAAAUGAUUGCGUGUGAUGAUUAAGGGCCGCAGUAAAAUUCUCUUUCUUUCAGAUCUACAUCAAGGUCAUUUGGGCGAGACUUUGGCCCUUCUUUUCGCCCUCUCCCAUUACAAACAGUUACACCGGCAACACGGCAAUGGACAAUGCGCGUCGCCACAACAUCUGAACGGACCUGGAACCGAGUCGAAGAUCGCUAAGGUUACGGUAACUGCAAACAAUUUCAGCGCAAUGAAAAUUCCAACGCCAGCGGGGAAAAAGUGAGUGAAAGGUUGGGAAGAAGGGGGAGUGGAGGGCUUACAAUACCUCCUAAGGAUGCGAAAUCGAACAGUAAAGCGUUUGAAAGCAGACCUUAUGCAAAAAGAAUCAAGAAGCCAUCAAAAUUUGCAUCGAUUUGAUAUCAAGUGUAAUAUCCUCAAAUUUUUUGGUGAAAUUAAAGUAUUUUGAAUGUGAUUAUGCAUCAUCCAACUUGCUGAUUUCCCUUUCCCAAACGAAUUUUUGUCCAAAUUUGGAUUGCUUCGCAUCUAAUUACAUCCAUUUGAACCCCCGUACCCUGCCUCAAAGAACAACAAUUUCAUUUUUUGUUUGAUUUCAGAUCCUCCAGCUUGGCCAAACCCGAGGCCGGUCUUCAGAAACCUUCCAGUCCCUCCAUCGCCAAGGCCUCCGCCUCCAAACUUAUUGUGCCGAGUGCAAUUGCGAGGAAAGGUAACCCGCUUUCAAUUGGGGGUUUCAUUUCAAAUGCCCUCCGGAAAUUUGGGAAAUUUGUGGGGCCGAACGGAGAGCGGCCAAGUGUUGACAUGUGGGCUGAAAUUAAAGUCGAGUCCAUUCCCCUUUUUCGCGCACAUGCCCUUUUCCAUCCGGCCUUUCGUUUUUCGAGAGUCGAUCGAAUAAAUCAUCCCCUUGGAAUCACCAUUUUUAUGCAGAUUUAUGGGCAAAUAACGCGGGUUUUGUCAAAUUACACUGACCUGGAAAUGUUCCUUGAAUGGGAAAGUUUUUAUUAUUUUUGGGGAACAAUGACCAGUGCUACGCCUUUUUGCCGGGGUUUGGACCCGCGGUUUUUUGGGUUGGACUUUGUUUUUGUGCGAAAAUUGGGGUCAGAGGAUUUUGGAAAGGAAAAAUUUUGACCGAAAAGGUUACCCAGCUUGAUAAGGAAUUCCUCUGGAGUAAAACGUCUAUUCGAAAUUUUCUAAACUGGUCAUGUUGACGGAUUGUUUUAUAUAUUUUUUGGAAUUUUUUCUAACGAAUUGUAAAAUUUGAACAAUAUUAUGUCCAAUUUAUUUCAGUUCCUACUCCAACAACGACCCCCGUGAUUUCCCAAAAGGAGGAGGACCCAGCUCCGAAGCCGGCCCCACCAAAGUCCCGACUUUCCUCGCUUGCACCUCCAAGUACAACAGCGACCUCAAGUCGUCUCAAAAUCCCGGUCAAAUCCCCAUCCUCAAGGUUCGUUCCAUUCUAUUUCCCCAAGGAGCGGGGGUCGGGUGUAACGCGAUGUCUCCAUAAUAUAUGACAUGUUCGUGGGUCAGGCCCUGAGGGCUCAUCAUAUCAAUGGAGUUCGCAAAAAGACCCGGCCCAUUCCCGGGGAUUUACACCCGACUCCCAGUUGUUUAUUAUUGGGACGUCUUGUGCCUAAAUGAACUGUUUCAGACUGCCCUCGGCUCACGGUUCGACCACGAAUCUAGCCACCUCAAAUUUAUCUUCCACAUCAACUGCCUCAACAACAAGUGCCUCCUCGACGCUCGCUAAUGCCAAUGGACAUGUCGGCAGUAAUCUCAAAGGGCCUUCGACUGGUCCUAGUUUCCUAAGACAUCGAUCUUCAAGUGCAACAGUGGCCAAGGAGAUCGUGCCGACAACUUUGAAACCAACUGCUUCGUCUAAAUCAACUCCUGAAUCAAAGAUCAUAAAGAAGGUUUCAAACAUUGCCACUGUGAAGACUACACCUUCGAUAGAGCCGUCAAGAGUCCAGCUAGACAAUAAACCACCUCCAGCAUUAGAUUCCAAACUGUCAGCUCCUUCUCAACCCAAAGUUGUACUAGAGAUCCCCCAGAAAUCUGAAAAGCUGCCCGAAUCACAGACAUCCGCUCCUCACGGCAAACUUGUUCCUCCAUCAUCGAAACUUGGACCUCCAACCAAACUUAAGAGACCAACGGAAGGCCAGCCCGCAUCUAAAAUGAUGUCUUGGCUGUCCAAGGGCCGGAAGUCGGAGAGUAACAAGACCCAGAAGACAACUGUACCAGAACACAAAGACACGCCACAGAAGCGGGAAGAACACAACCCCGAAGUCAAACCACUACAAGUGGCCGAGAAGAAGUCCAAACUUGCAGUUCCGACCAAAAACGAAGGAGAAAUUAGGUAAGGACUUCAGAAUGGACAAGGUGAAGGUCGGAAAUCCGCGGAAAAUGGAUUUGGCAGGUGUUUUUUGAGGGAUUUUCGAACUGUUUAGAGUAAAUUGGGCAACAAUGGAUAAAAUGGGAUGAAAAUAAAAGAAAAAAAAUUUGCGACUUUGUGUUGACGAAAUGUCAAAAAUUCAAUAAUUUAUCGAUUAUAAAUAAAAUAUUUUGUGAUAAGUUUUAUUCUUUUCAGAGAAUCGCAUGUUAGCUCGGAAGAUAGUGCCUAUGGAGAUACGCUGACCACAACGCCGAGUCCUCGAUCUUCUCUGAGCACCAACAGCUCCACCCAUUCGAGUACUUCCUCUUUGGCCACCUACAAGCCGACUUCAAUCUCCCCGUCUGCCGUCCCUGAGACCAUUCCAGAAGUUCCAGUGGAUAAAUUAGUCGAUGAUAGUGGAGUGUCAUCGGAUGCUACGAAUCCAUACGAGACAGUGGUCAGGAAUUCAGUCCAAGAAAAGCCGACAUUAGCCGUGAAAGGAGUAAUGUCCAGAAAUCGAUCGGAAGAACCAAAGAGAUCGGACGAGAGAGUCAGCGAGCCCAGGGAAUUGAAGUCCGAAGCCGAUGAAGUCAAAAUUUCAACGAUUGGAGUGGUAAAUGCGGAGCCAAAGAGAUCGCGAAAUGGCCGGAAAUUGCAUAAAACCGAAGCCUUUGAUGCAAAGGACCUCGAUUUACAGGACAUGCCCGUGCCUCCACCGCCGCUGAGACUCUCUUCCGAUCUGCUCUUGUCCAGCAACAAACAGGGUGAGUAUAACAUCAAGGAAACGAUAAAUUUAUAUGGUCCUAAAACAAUGUACGGUCAACAAUAUGGAAGGUGAUUUAUAAAUUUUAAAUUUGGUCAAAAGCGGUAAAUUCUGUCCAAAUUUGGCCUAAACUCCGACGGACCUUGUCCAUGGUUUGGACUGUAUUUGACAUUUCUUGAAUGAAAUUGUAUGCUUACUUUGGAAAAGAUCCGAAUUUGCCGCUUUUGACUGGAUUAAAAAACAAAAUUUGUCAAUCACCUCCUAUAUCCCAGCCCGAUUUCCCACUCAUUACAAGACGAACCGAAACAAAGGCUCGUUUUAUUUGUUAUAGAGUCCAUUAAAAUGAACGGAAGUCGGUUACGCAAUGCGAAUUGCCGGGUUUAUUAUAUUAUAGUAGGUGGCCGUUUCUACAAUGGUGACAAAAGUCCGGUCGGACAGCUGUCUUUUUUUGGGGUAAAUGAAUGGAGAUGUGCCAACAUUUGUUUAUGCCACCGAUCUUGUCCAUUACAGCGCUCGAUCAGCGAUCGCAGGGGAUUUAAAUUUAUUUUGGAGGGUACCUUAAGGCACAAUCGGGGGUCAAAUGAAGGGUCGGUUAUAAUUUGAGUGCGAUCUGAGGGUGGGAUCUGGAUUAGAGGGCCCUAAGGCAGAUUUUGAAUGAAAAAAUCCUGGUAUUUUACUUGGUAAUUGAUACUUUUUGACCAAUAUUUUCCUUGAUGUACCUUUAGAAUUUUUUUGUUGUCUUUUGAGUGAAAAAAAUCCCACCCGGCGGGCUAAUGGCUCAUUUUCUGGCUCUUUAUUUAUCUUGGUCGGAAACAAUGACCCGCUCUUUUGUAACCCGACCCCUAUAUAACACGUCAUUUCCAUGCUCCUCUCCAUGUAAAUAAUUAGUUUUGAUGGGAUUUUAUCUGUGUGGGAAAGCCGGAUUUAUGGGUUGCAUAUGCAGUUCGUUACAUAAGGUCGCAUUGCGUAACACCCUCCUCGUAAUGGACUUUAUUUUUAGCGCAAACUAUAAUAUUUUUGUUUCUUAUGUCUAAAGUAAUGUAAUCAAAUGUGAUUUUGUUGGUAAUGUGGAUGUUGCAGAGCCCGCCGCCGGUCUAAUCAAAUUCGAAGCCAUGAAGAGCCAAGUGGACGACGCCAAGACCAUUCGCCGGGUGAUGCGGCUGGCCUAUCGCCACAGGGAACGACACGACAGGUCAGCGAGUCCAGAAGGCGGCUAAUUUGUUAAAAACAGCGGGAUAAAAGGCCUUGGAGGGCGGCUGAUUUGUGUGGGAAAAGGGGCCAACGAUAGAUGGGGGCUUAUAGGGCUCCAUUCCCUGAUUCCCCAAGCGCAUUUCCCUUUCGUUUUUUGCAAAUCCCAUCUGAUCUCCAAAACGGAUAUCCGAAGGCUUCGUUAAGCCCCAAAACGAAUUAAGUUGGGUGGCCCGGUCUUCUUAAUGCCCUCUGCAAAGGUGUCUCUGUCCAUAACGGAGAGUGGAGCCAUCUCUUUUUGCAGUUUUCUGUUUGAAAAACCUAACCGUAUAUUAUACUAGACAUCUGAACACAUUCUGCUUUAAUUAGACCCUCAAAUAGAGGCGAAUGGAAGACAAGGGAGAUCUGUUCGCUAGGUGGAUUAGCAAAGAAAUGGUUGUACAUUAGAAUACGAUGCAAUUAUGCGUAAAUGAGAUUGAGAACUUGUUUCUUUUCCUCUCUCUGAAAGGCCUACAAUUUGCUUUAUAAAUCAGGUCGUGGAAGCCGGACAACUUCAGAUUCGACGGAGAUUCUUCCUUUUCAAAGUAGAGGACAAUAUUCUCUUCUACUUAGAGUAAAGAAUAGCUUGUUUGUUCUUUAUGACAUCCCGAAAUCACCUCAUAAAGCGAUACUAUCCAUGGCAAAAGUGAUGUCCUUUUAGGUUUCCCUCGCCUUUCGAAUUAGCCAAAUUAAUUCAUAAGGGGGAUGCCCCCCGUUCCUCUCGCUUCCUCGAUCUAGGCUAAGUUGCUCUUGACUAAUCGUUUUUGUCGCGCACUCUUCUUCCAUUUGUUUUGAAUAAAGGGAUAAUGGAAGAGAAUCAAUUAGCGUCUGGAACCGUUUCCGGACUCCCUGGCAACAGCCACGGUCCACUUGUUCCCGCGCAAUAUUUCUGAUGCCCUCAGGCGGCAUUACGGGGAUUUCCAGGGUGUUAGGAGCGAGCGCACCUUUGCGGUAAAAUUUGCAUAUUCAAAUUUUGAUGGGAUGAAGUUUGGCAUAAAAUAGUGGAGGUUGGAUCGCAACGGUCCUUAAAUUACCCUCACAACGUUUGGAGUGCGUUUAAAGAUCAAACAAUAGUUUUUAGAAAGGUUCCAAGCAUAAUCUUAGAAAGUUUUGUCAUCAUUUCGCUUGGCUUUAACUCAUUUUAGUCUUACAUGUCAAAAUAUUGGCUGUAACGGUUCUUUAACUCCUUUAGCCGCUUUAUAAACCCAUUAGUUUGCGAGUUUGCCGAUUUUUUUACAUCAGAUGUCUAGUACAGUAAUUUGCGGAUGACCUUUAUACUACUAACAACCCUGUAAAUUUUUUAUGAGAUUUGACGAUUCUUUCGUGAUCAGCUGUCUAGUAUAAUAUCCCGAUUUGUCGCCCAUUGCGCGCUGAAUGGGAAGAUCGUUUCGGUAGUUGAUCGAAGGUUAUUUCGAAUUUAUUUGAAUUGAACCCGAUGCCAUUUCGACGUCCCAUUUGAUCGGAAAUUCUUUGCAGAGUCUUUAGGAACAUCUGCUCCAUCCCCUCUGAUCUCCUUUUAACCCGCACUUCCAGCAUUAGAAGGGUCUUUUCAAGUGGGUUUAAUUGGAACAAAGUCAGGCGUUUUUUGCAACAAUACUCUUUGUGAUCUAAAUGCCCUCCGGCCAAUUUGUUUUUUGAUCCUGAUCUGACUUGAGGGUUAGUUAAAUAUAGUUUAAAGUUGUCUCAAUGUGUGUUAGACCGUGCCAACGUUGUUUGACGCCCGUUUUUUCAGCUUGGAGGACAGUUCAUCCAUUUCCAGCGGCCUUUCCGAGAAUUUGGACGACAUUUCAACGGACGAUUUAACUGGCAGGUCGGUUAAUUUUGCGAUUAUUUAUUGCCUCAGGGCAUAAGUUGGGCCCUCGUUUUUUGUGUGAGCAGCCCUUUUAGUGGAGAAUUAAUUGAAUUGGAGGGGAAUUUAAUUAGUCCGACCUUAGUUUAUAAUAAUUUUCCUAACUACUUUUUAACCAUUCAACUACUUUAGAACUUUUUCGUAGGCUAAAGUAUUGUGGUAAGAGGACUUGAACUAGCGUGACUCACUAUUCUUGACCGUUUUUUCGACAUUUGACUACUGAAAACAUCUGUUUUUUCAAGGAUAAUAUAAUAAAGGUCAUGAAUAACGUAAAUCUUGUGCAUUAUUGUUGGCCGAGGGUAAUUGGGAUUGAAGAUUGUGCGUUUCAGCUCGUUGUCUGAUCAUAACAUGACAGCCACGACGUCGGUCCCCAUCCGCGCCCCAAUUUAUUCACGCGCUUCAAAACAAGCCGGCUUCGAGAGUAGCGCCCAGAGGGAACAACAACGGAAAUUGGUGGAACAACAACAGUCUGUGGUCGAGGAACUCCUUCAAAAGUCCAGAUCCUCACAGCGAGGUCUGGCUUUUCAAAAUUCCGUUCAGGUGAGGGCUUUUUAUAUUACUUUGGACAUUUUUGAUGACUAGGUUUUUUCUGUAAAAUGUUGGUUUCAAGAACAACAAAAUAGCUGUUGGAUGGCAAUAUUAACCUUUUAUGCCCCCUAAUAAUCGUUGUGGAAUACUGUUUCUUUCCUAUAUCACCGUAUAAAACAUCAAAAGACCCUUUUCAAACCGAAAAUAAAGUCCAAACCCAAAUUUUUACCUCAGAACCGAAGUUUUUUGGCGAAAUAAAGUAAUUCAUAAAUCCGAGAAAUUUAUGAAUUGCCCCCAAAUGUCGGGGACACUGUUUCGAGAGGGCCUCGUAAAUCUGCCAGUGAUUUUAUCGGUUGCGCAACGACUUUUGGGGCCGCUUUUUGAAGAGUCCAAUCUUUUUUGUUUCGAAAGGCGGCCGCUGGUCAUUUCGACUAUUUUAACUAUAAACCCGCCGGCGUUUGAAGCGCUUCCGGUCAAAGGGAAUUUGAAUGCGCCAGAAUUCCGUUAUGAAAAUGGAAUUCAUAAGGAAAUUUGGCCAAAUUUUUGCCAUUUUGGGGAAAUUAACGGGAUAUGAGACGCAUUUUGAAGGGUUUAUGGGUUGAAAAUGAUAGUUACAGUAGGAUGAGGGUGCUGGGUUAGGGUUUCGAUGACAAAACUAGAGUUAUUUUGGAUAAUUAUAUUAUUUUAGUCGACUUCUUCGGAAUUUGGCCGCGUUUACCACACUCUACAUGGUGCUCCUCCUACUCUCAGCGCCCAACGUCCACCACAGGUCCAGUUAAGUGCUGACGGAGACACCUUAAACGUCAGAGGUCACAACAUUACACCUAAUUGUAAGCUUUUAUAUUAUACUCGGUAUUAAUCUAAACUUACUUUAAUUUAAGUUACUAUUCCAUUACUAACAUCAUAGAUUGUAAACUAAGUUCCCUCUUGUUACUCUCUUUACUUUCUCAUGGCCUCCUUUCUUUGUUUAGUUGCACCCUCGGUUCAUUACAACUGCCAUUCAUUGGAUCGCCAGGGCCAUUUGAAGACUUACCUGGAGCCCCAACGACAUCAUAUUCAACAAAGCGCGUAUAGCGAAAUUAGUAGACCCUCAGAACCACCAUAUAUGGCUUCCAUGACGCAACGGAACAAUGGUAUGUUGGAUUAAUUUAUGUUAUACCUAACUUCUCAUAUUAUUCUUGCUGUUUUUUAGUUUUUUCUUCAAAAACUUUCAUGUUUGAUGUGUAAACUAACAAUUUCUCGACUUGUUACAGCUACUACUUUCCUAUUAACUUAAUUUCCCUUUGUUGAGUAACAAUUUUUAUAUUAAUUUAGCUAAAUGCCUCAAGUAAUAUGUAUAAGUUAUGGCUUAAAUUUAUUUUCCUUUGCUUCUAACCCGAUCGCUUUCCUGAAUUUCGAUUCCAGACCGGUCCAGCCAUGCCCGGUCGGCGUCCGUCUCGUCCAGUCCGUCCCAAAUGUCCCGUUCGAUGAUCUUUUACGAGUCCGACACCAACAUCAAUAACAACAACCCGAAGACGCUGACCUCGAGAGAACGGCUGUAUGCCGAGAUGAUGGCAGCUGUAGCCUCAAGUCGACCUAACCGAUCGCUUAGCCGAGCUUCUCCGCGCCCAGGCCGAGCUUAUUUUAGUUUAGCCCCUGAGGGCAGAACUAGCCGAAAUGGUAUCGCUUUAAUACUUUUAACGCUUCAGGGUGCUGUUUGGGUUUUAUGAUGUUUUUUUAUUUAAUUUAAGUCAUAAAUUUUGCAGGUUCAUUGUCAGCAAGACUUCCCGGAUCAGAGUACGGUAGCCGGAGUAACCUCAGACUUCAUAAACUCGGCGCUGAAUUACACUGCAGUCCCAGGUCACAACCAACAUUUGUCCGGCUGAAUAAUCAAAGCAUGGGAUCUCAGAUGUCGCUAACUCAUCGAUCUGAGUCCCCAUAUGCAAAUGUAAGGGAUUUUUAUAUUGCAAUAGACGUGAUGUGCUUGAUUUCUUAAUGAUUUCUAUAAAUAAUGGGUGACCAAUUCCGAAAUAAUGGUUUAUUUUAAUUACAGUUUGACCAUCAACAAGAACUGCAUCGAUUAAACGACGAGAUGAAUUCGUAUUGCAAGAAUUUGUACAAUCAAGAUCACACUCUACAACAAUUCGAAGCCGGGUUAGAAACGAUCAAAAUGCAGGUCCAGAAGGUCUGCAAGAAAAAUGUGAGCGAUUGAGAACAUUGCCGAACCACUAUUUACUUAUAAGAAUUAUUUUUUUGCCGGGAUUUAUACUUUGAUUAUCUUGUGUAAUAUAAAAAUAUUUUCAGCCAUCGCAAGCUGAAGCCCUAAUGCAAAGAAUCGAAGAACUUAGGACCCUAAGUGUUGAACUAACACGUCGCGAUCCCUCUUUGAAGCGUCAUCCGUCCGUAGAGAGUGUUCAAAGUUACGCUAGCUUCAGAGGAAAUAAAAAUGUGGACAAGAAUGGAAUAUUAACCAAAGCAGGGAAGAAAAGCUGGGUAAGUAAGGCGCAGACAGACUGAGAUUAGAUAUUUUAGAGUCUCGCAAGCAAUAAAGAGGGCGGACAGGUAGUUGAGAUGUUGUUUUUGUAGCUGUUGUACUAGUCGUAACGUUGUAAAGUGGUCGCGAAAUUUUUAAAAACAAUUCGUUGUAUGGUGAAUAUAAUUAUUAUAUUUUCAGAUCCGGAGUUCGUUCAGCCGCGCGUUCAAAGGGAAAAAACAAAAAUCGGAGGAUAAAGGGUCGACCACCAAGCUGAACGAGAUCGACGAUGACGUCAUUCAACUCAAAUUAGAGCUGGAAGAAAAGGAUCGACAGCUAGGAGAUGUCCGGCUAGAAGCGUUGGACAAAGCGCGAGAAUUGGACAUGCUCAGAGAAACUGUGAACCGCCUUAAGAAUGAGAACAAGGCCCUAAAACACACUACAGUCUUGUUGGAGAGAAGAGCAAUUCGAACUGAGAGCAGAGCCAGCUCAAGACAAUCCCUGAGCACCUGCUGUCAUGAAGAAGAUCAGCUGGAGAAUUCGAGCAUCCCCGAGAGAAGUUGCUCGUCUUCAACGUCAUCGAAGCGGUCGUCUGGAGGACUGAAUGCAAGGGUUUUGGUGGAAGUGGACACAAGUGGAAGUAUGGAAUUUGGAGUGACAAAUCAAGAGCUAAACAUUGGAUCUCUGAGUGUGGUCUCGCCGACUACAACUUGGAAAGAUAUGGAUCGACAACUUCAAAAUAUGCUCGAUGACUACAUGAGGAGGAUAGAUCCGGGACAAAAGUUAGGUCUGAUCGGUCAGAAUUCGAUCAUUGGGUAUCAGAUCACAGCAGAGAACGUCAGGGAUAUUGUACUUGAUAAGGCUCCAAUGUCAAGUCCGCACGAACUAAUUACACCUUCAGUUGUGAUCAGAUUAAAGUUGAAGGGAGCAGCUCAAGAAUCGAUGGAUUCUCUGGUCUUGGAGUCGCUCUUCCCAGGCGAAGUCCUCCAAAAACUUUUGAAUCUUUUGCUCAAAUCCAGAAGACUUGUGAUCAAUGGCCCCACCGGCAUCGGGAAGUCCAAUUUGUCCCGAUUCCUGGCCAAAUAUCUCGCGGCCAAACAGAAAAUAAGCCCCGCGAAUCUGAAGGACUUCAAUUUUCCCCUCAACGAUUACGAAAAACAAUUUGGAACGGCCAAAAAAGAAUUGGAAGAACUCCUGAAACUGGAUGAAGACAACAUUGUCAUGAUUGACAACACACCCAGAAAAGCAGUCGACGUUCUUUGUAGCGCAUUCUCGGCGGCCGAUGAGCUGUUUUCGUUGAAGGGAGGCAAGGGUCCGUUCGUGAUCAUCACCUUGAACAAGACCAGCGACCUUCAACUUCAUGAUCUGCAGCUCAAUUAUAAUGUCCACAUAUUCUCGUUGUACUGUCAGAUGGAACCGAUCAAGGGUAAGGAGGUUGUUAGUGGGAUUUAAAGUCGAUUUUGAGAAGUAGGGACAGUAGGAUGAAUUUUUGGAUUUUUUGGCAAAAGUGAGAUGUUAUAGCGUACAAAUUUAGUGACUAGACUCGGCGUAAAAGGACCAUGAAGGUGUCUAAGUUAAUCCCUGAAUCUUCAGGAUUCCUCUCUCGAUAUCUCCGUCGUCGCAUUGCCCAAGAGGAACUCACAGGACAUUGCAAAUGCGGGGAACAACUCCAAACAGUCCUCGAUUUCCUCACCCGAACCCUCCAAAUCAUCAACGAAUUCAUCAAGGAUGUAAAUAGCCUCGACACAAUUGGUCCUCGAAUCUUCCUCCGCUGUCCCUUGUCCAUGGAGCAGAGCCGGGUCUGGUUUAUCCGUCUUUGGAACACGAAUAUUAUCCCGUAUCUGGCGAAGGUGGUCAGAGAGAACGACUCGAGUCUGGAGAGUGAUCCCACCCCUCUAGUCAACGAACGAUGGCCUUGGUUGGAUGGAAUCGGCGGGGAAUGCGAACUCAAGACCAUCAGAGAAGAGAUGGCCAAGGGAAACAACAGUUAUUCGGGAAGUCAGGCAUCGGCCAUCGAUGCGAUCUAUGCCCUGGACCUCUUCCAGGAGAAACGAAACGGAAAACAUCAGCCUCAGAUCAUCGGGGUGCUGUAA